GUAGUAUCUCGGAUUGGUGUCAGCACUCACACAUUUUUAAAGAAAACAAACCAUCCCCUGCCCGCGGCCCUGCCUCAGUCCCUAGAUGUAUCGGUGCUGCCUGUUCAUUCUCGAUUUGUGUGUCAGCGAAGCAGUGCGCGCCGGGACGUAACGAGUUCUUUGUUUUUCUUUGUUUUAGUGCAACUAAUAUACAUUGUUUGGAUCUCUGCGAACUUAAAUAUGCCAAAACGCACUAGAAGCGAUCGACAUCGCUCCGGUGAUACCGAAACUAGAAAACUUCGAAAAAUAAUUAACAAUUUGGAUGCUCGGUUACGCGCCAUGGAAAAGCAAGGCCGCCCGUCUCGGUCUCGAAUACGACGCAUAUCCAAUUCCCCUUCUUCGUCGUCGAGUGACUCAUCAUCUCGCUCCUGCUCGACGUCGGACGCUGCUAGCAAUGAGAACACCCCUCGAAGGUCAACCACCCGUAGAUCGCCUUUUGCCGAUGCUCUCGCAGAAAAUGAUGUAAGGUCCGAGGAAAUUUCAUUCUCCACAGCGCCUUUAAGUGAGGAUGUCAUAGACAUACUGGGGAAGAAAGACACCUCUCCUGAACCACUGGGGCCAAAAAUUCAUGAGGAUUUGCUCCUUCGAUGGGAAAAAAUUUUGAAGACGGGCCUAUCUGAUGACGAUAGAAAAUCCCUUCUGUCUAAACUCCCUCCGCCUGAAAACUUUACAACAUUAUCUGCUCCACUGCUUAACCCUGUAGUACAAAAAGCGAUUUCUCCAUCUAACUUAUUGAGGGAUGAGCGACUGACAAAACUACAGUCUUUAGUUGCGGCAAGCCUUUCUGGCAUUGGCCAGGUCUGUAGCCUCCUGUUAUCGGAAGAAGGGGGGGGGACAGACGAUACAUUGAACUACUCAAUAAUGCAGGUCGAAUGUUGGCUGACUUGUGGCAUUCCCAAAACAUAA